UUUCUCACCACGUUAAUGGCAGUUUGCAGAUUACGAGUCUCUCAUACGCUCCGACUUUCCUCUCACACAAUCGUUGCAGCGGUUGUGUCUUUCUCUCUCAUACGCUCCCCUAACUUCUCCCACUAUAAAACUAUCACCAAUAACAUCCUCUCCAUUAUACACCUUCAUCUUCUCGAAUUUUCUCUGAUCUUCUCUCCCCUAAUAAACCCAAAUCAAUAAACGGGUUUGUGUUUUCAUGGUUCGCAUUGCUGAAAUUGGGAUUCUAGGAUUGAGAUCUCGUCUCCGGUUUCCGGACGAUGCUAGAAAAGCUCCGAUUCUUCCAACGACUGAUCUGCCGGAGGAUUUUGAUUGGAGAGAUCAUGGUGCAGUUACUGAUGUCAAGGAUCAGGGUUCGUAUGGGUCGUGUUGGUCAUUUAGUACGACUGCGGCGUUAGAAGGUGCAAAUUUCAUUGCUACAGGGAAGCUUCAAAGCCUUAGUGAACAACAACUUGAUGAUUGUGUCCAUGAGGAUUUCGGUGAAGGGUAUAGGGGGAAACAGGUGGUGUUGGAGAAUUUGAGGCAGCUUUGUGUUCACAGAUUUGCUAAUGAGACCAACAGGUGGUGUUAAAACACUACUACCCCAACUUGGGGAUCGGAGUUGUUGUUACCUUUGUGGGAUUUGUUUUUAAAGGGCAUGAUGGUCUUUUCAGCAUUUAUGUUCAUAGUUCCGGUUUGUCUUCCAAUUGGACAGAGCCAGAAGAGUCGGUUUUUUUUAUGGCCGGAGAAUUCCCAGCAAGGAUGUCGAAUGGGGGAAAGUAACCAUGGUUGAAGCGGAGCGUCGGCUACUAGCUAACGCGCUACUCGAUUUUUGAAACCAACGAUUCGUUCUCCUCUCGGAGUCAUGCAUUCCGCUAUUUAAUUUCUCGACGAUAUACUCUUAUUUAAUCAACUCUAAACAUAGUUAUUUCGAGUCCUAUGAUUUGGCAGGACCAGUUGGCCGAGGGCGGUACAACUGGAAAAUGCACCCGACGGUUAAAUUUCAUGAAUGGCGAAAAGGGUCACAAUGGUUUGAAAUGAGCCGUGAGCUAGCAAUUGAGGUGAUAUCUGACAAGACUUAUUUUCCGGUCUUUAUAGACUAUUACAAUGGUUCAUGUUAUGCAGACGAGCACUACUUGCCUACGUUUGGUACACUUAAAUAUGGGGAAAUGAAUUCAAACCAGACUUUGACUGACGAUGUUCUCCUACAAACAUGCAAAGUUCAACUUGGUGAUUCAUAAAUAACCCCCCCCCCCCCCCCCGCCCAAUAAAUAUAAUCUACGUUUGGUUGUCAUUGAUAGUUUUUUUUAAAUACUUUUGUAAACAUGUAACAUUGAUAGAUCUCAUUUAUCUUCAUUUAAUGGUUUUAGCAAUU